GCCACGAAGAUGUAUUUCAUAUUUCACCUCGGCGACAUUUCACUCGGCAACGGCGGCGGAUUAAAGAGGCAGAGUUAACAGCAACAACAGUCACAUGCAGCAAAAAGCCUGACGUUGACACCAGCUAUCCCAAAUGAUGAAUAUGAACAAAAGACAGAGAAAAGCGUUUGACAGUGAUCUUGUGGCAGCCUGGUCGUCUCUCCGUCUGCCCCUGCUGCCCAUUGGCACAGCAGCAGAAGCAGGAGGACCACAAAGGGGAGGGCCGAACGGGCCCCCUUCUCCUCCCUUCAACAGAAGAUGUGUGCUCCUCUGAGUGGGAACUGUUUGUGAAAGAGCUCCGAGUUCAGAGACCGAGCAGUCAACUCUAAUUAUCAGGUGUUGUGAGCAGCUUCUGUCCCGACUGGACAUCAACAGGCCUCUCCAGAGAAGAAGAACUCUUGUGGCUCUGUCAAGCGUGGAGGCCAGAGAGAGAGGGAUGGACACGUGCGCCUGUGCUUUGGAGCUGCUGGGGAUGCUGGUCUAUGUUGGAGCGUGGCUGUGCGCUUUAACUACUACUAUCUUACCACAGUGGCUGACCAUGUCCACUGCGCUGCUGCCUGUAGAGAGCUACGAACUGGGCCUGUGGGAAACCUGUGUGGUCCAGGACGUCGGUGGCAUGGAGUGUAGAGCUUACGACAGCCUGCUGGGCCUCUCCAGUGACCUCAAGCUGGCCCGCAUCCUCAUGUGCGCAUCCCUCACUGUGGGCAUGCUGGGAAUCCUGGUAGCUAUACCUGGACUUUACCUGGUCAACAGCUGUAAAGAACAUGGAGGCUAUCGAACCAAGAGGACUUUAACCAUCAUCGGAGGGGUGCUGGGGAUGGUUUCUGGAGUGCUGUGUCUAAUCCCUGUGUCCUACAUGGCCCAUUUAGCCGUAAUACAUUUCUUUGAUGAUAAAGUACCUGAUGUGGUGCCAAGAUGGGAGUUUGGAGAUGCCUUGUUCUGUGGCUGGGUGGGGGGAUUUCUUCUCAUAGUGGCCGGGCUGCUUCUGGUCACCUCAUGCUUGUGUUCGCAGGUGGAGGCUCAGCCUGCGCUGCAGCGGAGGUACCAGGUGAUGAGUACAGAUGUUAACUUCCGGAAGCGCUCGGAGUACGUUUAAGGGACGAAUCAUGAGAGAUUUACCUGCAUAGAGACUGACAGCACAACACAAUCAACUGUAGAACCGCACUUCAAACCACUUCAAAACAAUGAUGUAAAUAUCUGGUUUUAUAUCAGAGACUCUAUACUGUAUAAGGGUUGUUUCAUCAUUUCAAAGGUUUUGUUAAACAGUGAAAUUGACACCCUGUUUCAGCUAUUUCAGGUGACUCACCUGCACAAUCAAACAUUAGAUUUUAAGAUGACCUGCUGUGACCAGUAAAAAUGAAUAUUUUUUUAAAGAUAUGUUUUAUAAGAUGCUUGAUAUUCCUUAGUCUGGGAUUGUUUCAGGAUCUUUCUCUUAUCAAUCUCUUAUCUGAUUUACAACAAAUUUUAGCUUUGAAAAUGCUGUGGAUGUAAGUUAUUCUUGAAACUAAAACUUAGAGAGAGCACACAUUUUCUGUGCCUUGUUAAGUUUGCUAAUGUGCUGUAAUAUACAGCACAUUCAGA